UGGGACAACAGUACUGUAGAAGAACAUCCUGGUGGACUGAGGAAGCGAAGAGAGAACCGCAAAAGGCAAAACGAUUCCGCACGCUCCGGUCGAAGCGCGGGGGGAGCGCAGGAAGGAGAGGGCGCGAGAAGGCGCGGGUGUCGGUCUUGAAUCUUCUCUCCUCUGCACCUGAGCCUGCUGAUCAGCCCGGCAUGGAUGGAAAGAACCUUGGCAAUGAACAACAAGCUCAACAAAAGAAGCGUGAUGCAGUGACAGACAAUGUUCCAAGCCUUGAUCAAGAGGCCUUGAAACAGUUCUCAGAUUCAGAUGCUGGAAACAUCAGUCCGGCAAAUGGCCAUGAAGCUGAUGUCAACAUGGAAGCAGCCAUCUCCACAGAGGAUGUCAUGCGAGCCGGCGGGUUUGGAGCAAAAGACGACAUUGGCAGUGUCCUCCCAACAGCUAUUGAUUCCACUGAUUUCGAGGCCUCGCUGCGGGAUGCCCGUGACUUUGAAGGUGAGAAAGAGGCACCAUCACAUCCUGGACUGGGCUGGAAGGGGGAGGGAGGUGAUUAUGGGAGCAAACCAACAGAUGUGCCGCAGCAGUUACCGUGAUAUCUAACCUUGUAGGCUAGUCCAGCUUCAGAAAACACUUGCUGUGUUCCCAAGAGCUGCAGUAUGUUUGAACCUUUUGCCACAAUGGUUUGUGUGUACCAAUCUCUGUUGUUUCAGACUUUCAGUGCUGUAUGAACACUCAGGUCACGGUUCUCGACUAUUGUCCACUCUGUUGGAUGCCUGCUAAUGUAUACUUCAGCCUGUUUUUUUUUUAAA